UAAUCACGACACGGCCAGAGAGAGAGAAAAAAAAAUCACGACAUAUUUUGACAACAGACAAAUACUAUUGACAAAUUUGAUAAUGUCAAUCUCUAAUGUUUACUCAAACCCAAAAACUGCAAGAGCUUUGCGAAAUGGAUUCCGAUUUCUGGCAGAAACAAACUAAUGCAAACUACCUAUUUCUGUGUUAAAGCAAUAAAAAACUAAUUUACAGAGGUAGUUUUAGUGAUUGUUUCGUAAUAAUGGAGGGUUUUUGUCGAGGAUGUUUAAUUAAAUAUGAUAACCCUACAGCAUUAUUGCAAUAUACCGAGAAAAAUCGAAGGUUGUUUGUUUAUUCUACCGGUUUACAAGUGAAACGCAAUGACGCUUUUGUUUUCCAAUUGUGCAAAGACUGUUAUCUAAGCAUGAAACUUGCUUGCAAAUUCAAAAAACUCUGCCGAUCAUCAGACAAAAAGUUCAAAAACUACUUAGGAUUACAAGAUGCCGGCGAGAAUUUGGAUUUCUGCACAUUUUUAAAAAACAAUGAUGAUGCACUGACCAUACGAUUUCCUCAGAUAAUAGGAAACAGUACUCCAGGCAAUCAAAUUAGCAGAGAUGAAGAUAAUGAGUCAACAUGUACAAGUAUCCGUAACUUCAUGACGGAUAUAAUGCAGGGUGAGGAGAUGCCCGACACCGAAGCUCGUAUCAUUCGUGAGGUUAUCGAAGAAGAGGCAGAUGUUUUGGAUGAUUCACUGGACUCACACUGGCUGCAAGAAGAUGCGUCGAUUGACACCGACUUUAGGUUAGAUUUCAGUUUCAGUCCAUUUUCAACUCCAAGAUCGACACACGGCUUUACGCCGAAAAAAAUAACGGAAAACAAAAAUGGCGAGAUUCAUUAUUUUUCAACUAAAAAAUUGAUGGGCAAAGUUGACAAUUCAGAUAAACCAGAAAAACCGCAGAAUAAAGAGAAUGAAAGUAUUGAAAACAAAUUGAAUAUUCUAAAUGAAGAUGCUCAAGACAGUGAUAAAAUUGUAAAAGAUUUUUUUGCAGGAGAUAAAAGCUUAGAUCCAAUUGAUCUUGAUGGAAAUUUGGUGGAUAUAGACCAAAACAUUACUGUUGAUGAAGAGUUAUAUUUAGGUACGCGCCCACAAAAUUAUUACAUACCGACAGAUGUAGAGCCUGCACCUGUACAGUUAGAAGUUGAUGAUAAGAAAGUGGCUACGGAAGAUACAUCUAAAGUACAAAUGCAGUGCACUAUUGAUAGAAAUCUUGAAAAUGCUUUAAAAGAUGGGGAUGGCAAGGAGUUUUCUUUGGCAGAUUUGCUUGUUUCGCCACCUGUAGUGUUCCCAGAGGUCUCAGCGCCAUCAACACCAACAAUAACAAACAUUCUCUUUGGAAAAAAACUUGAUAUUGAUGGUGGAGAAGAUACAACUGAAAUUAAAAUAGGACAAUGUAUAGAAAAAUAUGAAGCCAUAGCAGGAGACAUGGAUAUGAUAGAAGAAUUCUUUAACCAGAAUGAUAAAGAACUAGAGAUGGAAAAACAAAAUGAUAAUGAAACAAAACCAGAAACAGAAUUGAAAGUUAAAUCGGAUCAGUGGUCUGUCGAGGAUAAAUUUGACAUCGAAAAUUGUAUUUGCAAAGUGUGUUCAAAAAAUUUUUCGAGCUCCAAAGCUUUGAGAAUACAUUCUGCGAAAAUACAUAAAUUAAAAAUCAGCAACCCAGAUAAAUAUGCAUACAAACACAAAUUGAGGACGUGUGAUACAUGUGGAAAAGGAUUUAGAGAUGAUGCACGAUAUUACAGGCAUAAGAUGAAUCAUAAAGAUGACAACAAAACAUACAAAUGUGAACGAUGUUUGCUUACUUUCGGCUCACAAGUUAAAUUAGACACGCAUAUGACUUCACAUACUGGGCAAAUACUCAAGAAACAGCAUACGGGAAAGCAAUAUGUGUGCAAUAUAUGUGGUGCCGUUAGCAAUCACUACAACAACUACAGGAUACAUAAACUACGUCAUACCAAGAACUAUACAUCAACUUGUAGCGAGUGUGGAAAAGGAUUCUUUAGGUCAUCCGAUUUAGUCAGUCAUAUGAGGCGUCACACCGGCGAACGUCCAUUUAAAUGUGAACAUUGCCAGCGUGCAUUCUCUCGCCGCGACGCCCUUAUAAAACAUGUUAAACUGCAUAUUGAUGAAAGGCAUUUUCAGUGCCAUUAUUGUGAUAAAAGAUUUGUAAAGAAAAUGGAAUUGAAGAAUCACAUACUCAAGUCUAAGAUAUGCAUAAGGUUAAGAAAUAAGGUGGCAGAAGAGGAAAAGUCAAAAGAUCAAAGUCAAGUGGAUGUAACAUAUGCGUUUGUCACUUCGAGCUGAAAAAUAAAUAGGAAAAGAAA